GGUGCUGGCAGGCGUGACCGUGGUUCGCGGCCGGGUCGCCGGUUACUUUGUCACAGGCUGCGACACCAGAGCUGGCGGCGUUGCCCGGGCAACUGGGCCAAGCCGAGAGAGGGUCAUUGUUGCAGCCCUCCCGCCGACUCCAAUCCUCAUGCCGUUCUGGAUAACAAAACCCAACGUGCAUGCCCACACACCCCACGGAAACUCACCAGGUGAUGCGGGAGGUGCUCCGGAGUCGAUGUUUUAGUCAGUCCGUGAGAAGAUGGGCUUAUGCUCGUCUAAAGUCUCGCACAAGGUGAUCAAGGUGACGCCGGUGCCCGCAAACGAGACGGGGGGUUUGGACCAAUUGCCUGGUGGGGCGGACGGGGAGCGUCUGAAACACGGAGAGCAACAGGAAACUUCAAAGCCGAGGAGAAGCGACCUUCCUCCGCUGAAGGAGAGGCACGUUGCCGGCGUGCUGCGGCAAGUACCCAGGCCCAUCUCGUUUGAUGUUAAUGCGGACGACAGGGGAACCAGUAUAAUAAAAAAUCACCCUCCUCGCAGAUUUCAGGGUUUUGAACCCAUUAAUGGUUGCACAGUGAUCACAUCAGAGAAACUUCUGGAAAAACAGCGAGCAGUAAAUGCACACAAAGUACAGAUGCCAGGCAGGAUAGUGAAAUUAUCCUCUUUUGGAAUGUGGGAAGGCACGGAGACCUCCAGAGUCCCUGAUGACUAUGACUGCCAGAAGUGUAUCCAGCUGCAGCUUCUAACAAUCCACAUUGAGGAACUCCAGAUCAUUCGGGAGACUGAAGGGGUUGAAGGGAAGCUGAUAGAUAGGAUAUAUUGAGAGAUAAUUCAUCAACAUGAUCAAGCGGAACUAAUGAUGAAUUGCCAAAAGGAAACUCAAAAAUAAUAAACAAUAAAGAAAGGAUCAGAGAGCCAACAUAUCAAGGGGAAAUGGUCAAACUGAUGAUCAUCAAGAAGAUCAACACCACAUUGCAACAGAACUUAAGGACAUUUUCAGUGCAGAUUAUGGAAAGUAAAUUAUUCCUUUAGAUAGAAUACAAAGACACUAAUAAAUUGUUACUUGGUCAUAUGGUCAUAUCAAAAUGAACUUGGUCAAUCAGUACUUGGAUAUACAUAGAAUCUUAACAGCAUCCGAGUAUUUCACCAAUGUAUUUUAAAUAGUGUUGUUAAUUUUCCACCCAUUCCCACUCAAAAUUGGACAACAUGGGUAAUGUUUUAGAGGAUUUAUAUUGUAGAAAUAUCCAUUUUGUAUGAUUGCUCUAAACAUGUUUUCAUCUUUAUACAUAUUUGCUGGUUUAGACAUAUUACUCUCCCUCUCCAAGCACAAACAACUGAAAUGUAGCUGAAGUCAUAUAAAUAGCCAUGUUCAAAUUAAUUUGCAAUAAGUGUGUUAAAUGUAAGUAGGUAGUCAUCCUCAUGAGAGAAUGACGGAAGCUGUUGCUAAACAACAUCUAGUUCUAUUCUUAAAUGUAAGUUUAAAAUAAGUAUAAAUAAUAAAAAGGCAAUGUGAGGGAAAAAGCAAUUAUUACUUGGGUUUUCUUAAUUAAAAAUAACAAAAUAGUCUUUCUCCAAAUAGAACUUUUGCUUUGGAAUCAGAUGGGUGAUCAUGCAAUAUAACCACAGGCAUAAUGGCAAAUCCUGGACUAUGCUGAUUAGACUAGUGCUGAAGGUAGCUUGUGGUGUGGGCGAUAGUCAAAACAGCAAAAUAUGUGAAAAUUACUGUUUGAACAUAAUGUAAGAUGUUGAAGAACCAGAGUGGAAAAAUUACUGUACAUGAGACCAUUUGCCCUGUUGGACAUGUAUUAAUGUUGGUUCUUCAGUUGAAGCUAUCUGCAGUAACCCAAUGUUUCUCAAGAGUUGGUUGUUUUAAUAUUUAAUAUUAUUCAAUCCUUUUAAACUCCUCUCACAGCUGCAGAAAUAAAGUAUUUCAAAAGCUCAAAGUAAAUUUAUUAUCAAAAUACUUGUAGGUUACCAAAUGUAACCCUGAGAUUUGUUUUCUUGUGGGCAUACUCAGUAAAUCAAUGAAUCAAUGAAAGACCCUACCCAACAGGGCGGUACAACAACCAAUGUGCCAAUGUGCAAAAGACAACAAACUUGUGCAAGUACAAAAGAGAAAAAAACAAUAAAUAUCAAGAACAUGAGAUGAAGAGUCCUUGAAAGUGAGUCCAUUGGUUGAGAGAAUAGUUUAAUGAUGGAGCAUGUGAAGUUGGAUGAAGUUUUCCUCGUUGGUUCGAGAGCCUGAUGGUUGUGGAGUAAUAACUGUUCCUGAACCUGGUAGUGUGAGUCCUGAAGCUCCUUUACUUUCAUCCUGAUGGCAGCAGCAAGAAGAGAUCCUGACCUAGGUGGUUCUAAUGUACCUUUGCAGAAAUAAGUUCUUUCCAAUUCUGAAAAAGAAUCAAAAUAUUUGGCCCUUCUGUAAAUCUCAUUUAAAAUUCUGGUAAAAUGAUGAUGAAAGACCAUGGACUAGACUGAGAUCAAUAAAUAUGGGCUCAGCCUUUCCCUUCUUGUUACUCAUUCUUCAAAACUCCUCAUCAAAUGCUCCUCAUAUGUUAAACCAUUCAUUCCUGGGAUCAUUUUCAUAAACCACUUGGACCCUCUCCAAUGUCAAUACCUCCUUUCUUAGAUAUGGGGCCCAACGCUGCUCACAAUAUUCCAAAUGUGGUCUGACCAAUGCUUUACAAAGCCUCUACAUUAUAUUCUUGCAUUUAUAUUCUAAUCCUCUGGAAAUGAAUGCCAACAUUGCUUUUGCCUUCCUUACUACUGACUCAACUUGCAAAUUGAUCCUGAGGGAAUCCUGCACAAAGACUGCCAAGUCCUUUUGUACUUCUAAUUUUUAAAUUUUUCUCCAUUUAGAAAAUAGUCUGUGCCUUUAUUCCUUCUACCAAAGUGUAUGACCAUAGACUUCCCCACACUGUAUUCCAUUUGCAUAUUCUAAUUUGUCCAAGUACUUCUACAGACUCCCUGCUUCAACACUACCUGCUUCUCCACCUAUCUUUGUAUCAUCUGCAGACUUGGCCACAAUGCCAAGGUGGAAGUAGAAGUUAUUGUUAUUCUGUGCUGUAAUUGUUAUAUGAUUAUAUGUAUACAGCUAAAUGAAACAACAUUCCUCUGGGAUCAAGGUGCAAAACACAGUACAUACAAUAUAUCACAUACAACACAAAUUAAUGUUAACCCAAUCUUAACAGAUAACAUAAACAAUAUUCUGUAGAUGUACAAAUUGACAUAAAGUGCGUAUACGACAUUACCCAGCCUAACGGACUUCGUUCUUAUAUUGUGGUACCUUUUGCCUGACUGUAAUAGGUCAAAUAAAUUGUGUGAUGGAUGGGAGGAGUCUUUAACAAUGCAGUAGGAUUGGGGUGGGGGGGGGGGUGUUUCCAGUCCCACAGAAAUGUUCUGUUCCAUAAAAGCACCAUGGCCAUGUAUUUGGACUUUAAUUCAUAGGCUCAAUUACAUUAGCUGAUGCUGACAAUACUAACGCAAUGUUGUGAGUACCUAAAAAAUGUAGCUGUGAUUGAUUUGAUUUUCAUUUUGUCGAUGCUGUCUAUGGAGCAUUUCUCCAACAUAGUGCAACCGGAUGUCUAUAAUCUACUAGUAAAAGAUUUUAAAGCAUCAUUGUAUCACUUUAAAGAAAUAAUAAAAUGGUAAUAUUUUGAAUAAUUA